CACCCCAAUACAUCCUACCAAAAUGUCACCUAGCAACUCAAACUCUGGUUUAAUAUUUGUGCAUUCUCAUGGCCUUCCCGCUCUUCACGGUAUCUCAACUGUCCCUCUUCUUCCAGGUUACUGGGGGCUCAGGCUUUAUCGGCUACCAUAUAUUGUCCCAAUUGCUAAAUAACCGGUAUUUCGUUCGAGCUGCUGCCCGAGGAAAGAAGAUCGAACUCCUGAAGAAGGCCCUCUCCGCCAACUACAGUAGCGACAGAUUCGAAGUCAUCGAGGUCGCCGACAUCACUUCCGGUGACUUGAGUCAAUACCUCAAAGGUGUUGAUGGGAUAAUCCAUGCUGCAGCUCCUCUUCCGGGACGAGUUGAUGUAGAAACAGCCUUUAAGAUCAGCAUCGAAGGAUCUCUACAUAUUUUACGGGAAGCUGUCCACGCGAAGGUUCCCAGAGUCGUUGUUACUAGUUCUAUCGCGACAUUUCCUCUCCCACAAGGACCAUUUGGCGCCAACGACUUGGCGGUCGUUGAAUUCGCGGAGAAACACACAGAAAUAGAUGUUACGCUCGCUGGACCUGCCUUUACUUACGGGCCCUUCGCGCCUGGCUUCGAAUGCUUCCUUCCCGAACCAGAUCUCAGCGCCCUGUCUACAAACGAGAGCAUCUAUGCGCUCCUUCGACCUGGAAACACUAGGAUCCCUAUCGCCCCAGGUGCUAUUGAUGUUCGUGAUGCUGCAAGGGCACACAUCCUUGCCCUGAAAUUCCCACCUUCGACAGAAGUUGGGCCGAAGAGGUUCGCAAUUGUGUCCCCGCACAGGUCUUCAUAUAGGGACGCUCUCACGAUCAUCGCGAAAGAGCGCCCUGAGCUCAAGGACCGCCUAACCGAUGCCACCCUUGCACGGGAGUGGUCUUUGUAUACGUUUCCUGUGGAAUGGCAGAAGAUAGAUGAUGUACUUGGUUUAAAGGCGGAUUCGUUCAUUCUAUGGGAUAAGACGGCUUUGGAUACCGUUGAUAGUCUUGUCCACGCCGAAGGCUUGUGGAAAGAGAAGGGGUUCGAGGUUCCACCGUUAUUCCAUCAUCUAUAG